UCAAAACAAGUUCAAGACCCGGCUCCUACGAUUCUUCGUUGACAGAAGCGUAUCGUUGCUAUCUCAGUUGUUAUUUUAACAGAUUUCAGAGACCUGUUUGAGUUCAAACGUCUUCAUUAUUUCUGCAGACAGGUUUCUGUUGUUGUGAUCGAUUAUCUGGAUUCUACAGUUUUUCCUGUGUUUCACCUUGAUCUGUUGCAAAGAUCAACUCUAGAGGUAUUCUCAUCUAAACAACACACAUAAUAUUGACAUGUCCCACUUCAAAACACAAGAACUCUAGCUUUUACAUUCAUCAAGGCAGGGUUUUUAGAUCGGUUCACUUUCCAGGACAUGGAUUGUCAUCUAAAAUGUCCAACAGAUUGUUUUAAAAUUUGGUAUAUAUUUAUAUAUCGUUGAUAAAAUGAUGAAAAUGUCCUCAUGCCAAUUGUCUCCAUCAAAAUCCCUGUAUAAGUACACAAUGUAAACCACUCAUGUAAACAAGCUUAACACGUGUCAAUACCUGUAUUUUGUCCUUUGUGUGAAAUGAAUCUAAAUAAAUCCCACAUUGAUACUUCAGAGACAUGCUGUGUCCCAGUGAGAGUUGGGUGAACCUGGAUGACCCUCCCUGCCCCGACACUGAUGCUGUCAUCCCCUCCUGUCCUACAAUGAGGUCCACCAGCCUAAUAUGCCCCACCCCUAGAUCCUCCAUCUUCUACAACAGCAUCCUACAACAGUUUGAACAACCUAUUUCCUUCCCAUCCUUCAUCCCAAGCGAGUAUCUGAAUAUUCAUAAUGCAGGUUUUUUCAGUCCAAAUACCAGUGUGCUUCAUUCAGACUAUCCUAACUUUACUUCUAACUGUACUGACACUAAUGACCUUCCUUCUAUGUUUCUAUUAGAGAGCAGACAUGUCUUCCCCAGCCAAAAUCAUACAUCCCUCCCUGCCGCCAGUGCAAACAUAUUCCCAAGCCCAUGUGAUAUGUCCCUCCCUGCUGGCACCAGUGCAAACAUAUUCCCAAGCCCAUGUGAUAUGUCCCUCCCUGCCACCAGUGCUAACAUAUUCCCAAGCCCAUGUGAUAUGUCCCUCCCUGCUGGCACCAGUGCAAGCCAAACCUCAAUCGUCGAAGAGUUUAUUGCUGAACUCUCACCACCUCAUUUCAUGCCUGUUACUAUUUGCAGUGAAUCAAGCCUGAGUCAGAACAUCAGCCAGACGUCAUUGGGUUUCGAUGUUUCCACCUUCCAGCCUCUUCAAGUUGACAGCACAUGCAGCCUGGAUCUCCCAACAAUCAGCCAGACGUCAUUGGUCCCGGUUUUCGAUGUUUCCAGCUUCCAGCCUCUUCCAGUUGACAGUGACAGCAAUCAGCCAGGCAUCAUUGGGCCCAGAUUUCGCUGUUUCUCGCUUCCAGCCUCUUCCGGUCGACAGCUGCCUUCAGUUACCAGUGCAUGCAGCCUAGAUGAAGAAACAAUCAGCCAGACGUCAUUGGGCCCAGAUUUGGAUGAUUCCAUCUUCAGCAGUGAAUGCAACCUGUCACAAGACUACAGCCAGACUUUGAUGAAAUCCAUUGUCAGCCCUGUUCCUGGGCGCAGUGGUUCCAGCCUGUCACAGACCAUCAGCCAAGUAUCAAGUAUUGAGGAUUUCAGUGAAUCCAUCCUCAUAGCCUAUUCCUUUCAGCUGUGA